GAGCCGCAAAGUUUGGCUGUGGCGGCAAAUGGGCUUGGGCGGCUCCUCGGCGGGUGGCGGUGGUGGCCGUAGCGGUUCCUCCCGGCCCUGUUAAUGUCGGGGCCAGGCCCGGGGAGGAUGGCGCCCUAGAGCCCGGCCUCACUGGGGUCGGGGCGGGAGGGGUCGGGGUGGGCACCGGCCAUGUCGGAGGUGACCCGGAGUCUGCUGCAGCGCUGGGGCGCCAGCUUGAGGAGAGGCGCCGACUUCGACUCCUGGGGCCAGCUGGUGGAGGCGAUAGACGAGUAUCAGAUAUUAGCAAGACAUCUACAAAAAGAGGCCCAAGCUCAACACAAUAAUUCUGAAUUCACAGAAGAACAAAAGAAAACCAUAGGCAAAAUUGCAGCAUGCUUGGAAUUACGAAGCGCAGCUUUACAGUCCACACAGUCCCAAGAAGAAUUUAAACUGGAGGACCUGAAGAAGCUAGAACCAAUCCUAAAGAAUAUUCUUACAUAUAAUAAAGAAUUCCCAUUUGACGUUCAGCCUGUCCCCUUAAGAAGAAUUCUAGCACCUGGUGAAGAAGAGAAUUUGGAAUUUGAAGAAGAUGAAGAAGAGGGUGGUGCCGGAGCAGGGUCUCCUGAUUCCUUUCCUGCUAGAGUUCCUGGUACUUUAUUACCAAGGUUGCCAUCAGAACCAGGAAUGACGUUACUCACUAUCAGAAUUGAGAAAAUCGGUCUGAAAGAUGCCGGGCAGUGCAUUGAUCCCUAUAUCACAGUUAGUGUAAAGGAUCUGAACGGCAUAGAUUUAACUCCUGUGCAAGAUACUCCUGUGGCUUCAAGGAAGGAAGAUACGUAUGUUCAUUUUAAUGUGGACAUUGAGCUCCAGAAGCAUGUGGAGAAAUUAACCAAAGGUGCAGCUAUCUUCUUUGAAUUCAAACACUACAAGCCUAAAAAAAGGUUCACCAGUACCAAGUGUUUCGCUUUCAUGGAGAUGGAUGAAGUUAAGCCUGGGCCCAUUGUAAUAGAACUAUACAAGAAACCCACUGACUUUAAAAGAAAGAAAUUGCAAUUACUGACCAAGAAACCACUUUAUCUUCAUCUACAUCAAACUUUGCACAAGGAAUGACCCUGCCAUGAAUAACCUGGAACUUCUGUGAAUUUUACCACUCACUAGAAACCGUCGUAGCUCUGUGUAGAACAUUCACCCUCAGCAGGCAGGAAGCAAGCCGGCACCGUGCCAGCAGGCCAGUGCGAGUCCACGGCCAAGCUGCAGCAGCCCCAUGUCCGGAGCAUCACUGCCAUGCAAGCCUCCUUUGGAUACAGGCUUACUGUAGGUUUUGAAACCUGUUUUUACUUUUCUAUUGAUUGUGCAAUUAAUAGUCUCUUUUCUGAUUUACCACUACUGCCCGCUUCCUGGAACAACACUGCUGUGGGUAGGAUGUGCCCAUCUUCAAACUUACUACAGCAAUAAGAAUGUACUAGAGUUUACACAUCUGUUCACUUCUGCUCCACCAUGUUCUUUUGGAUUUUUGAGUUAAUGUCAAACUUUGGGCCGAUGUGGGUAGGAUAGUAUGAAACUGCGUUGAGGGCUUGGACCAAUUAUGCUGUCCAAGAAGGAAAUUUCUAGGCCACUCCUCCGAGAUGGCCUAAAUUCACCCUGAUCUCAUCCCUUUCCUGCUUAGAGUGUGCCUUGGCCAGAUCAGUAUCCAUAUGGGAGCGUUCCCAGGUUGUAGCUGGGAUUUUGCCAGAUGACCAGAUUGUUCCUGAAAGUGAGCAUGUGUUUAGUCGUGUUGAUUUGCUGGUCCUUCUAUGCCACAUUGUUAUUCUUCCCAAUAGCAAUUCUCGGGUUAACGUGGAACCAUCUCAGAAUAAUUACAAAUUGUUAGAUGGGUUAAUAACGUCUUCUAAAUCAUGUAAUCUAAAAAUAAUUGGAGUCAGAUGCUAACAAGACUCUGCAGGAAUGACUGCUGUUUUUCUGACGACUGAUUGUGAAACCUGAAACCUGCAAACCUCUUAUAGCGAGGAGUAUGCGACAUUUGGAGAUACUCUAUUUUUUUUUUUU